AUGGCUUCUCAGGCGGCCUUGAUAGAUGAGACCAUCGUGGGCUUGAAGAGGGCUCUGUUGCGACACACUUCAGAUGCCGCUUACGAUGAUGCGAUCAACCAACCGUCCAAUCGAGGAAAUAAGACCAGGCUGAAUGCAGAGUUCGUCCGGGAGGGUGCUCUAGGCUACAUGAACCAUGCACAGUUUUAUAGAAAGAAAGCUGAGCACUCAGGAUACCAACGAGACAUACUGGAAAACAACCCGCCACGAUACGAUGCGGAAGGGGAUGAAUUAGAUUUCGAUGACUCUGAUGCGGCGGCUGACGCGGACGCUACUGAUGAUAACCCAUUUUCAUCGACUCACUUAGAUGAUCUUCUUUCCCCAUUAACACAUCCCUCGGAGCUUGCCAAUCAUUCCAUGGCCAACGCGUACACUAAUAAAGCGAUUACGAUAAUGGUCGAACGUAUCAAUCGACGUCUCCGUCUCGAGCGACAUGCGCUCUGGCAGGCAAAAAAUGUCUAUAGACAACUCGUCACCGACUCCGUAUGGGUACCUUGUGGUGCGGUGGAAUCAGAUGACGACCCAGGGCUUUUCGGGAUGUCACCCAGUACAACUGAUAACGCCUCGACAUCUGCGUUAUACACUUCACAACCUAUGGCUUCUUCUGGGGGGUUCACAACACACCCUCCCGCCCCUAAACCAACGGGUGAGAGCGCAACAUCUCUGGAUCAAGAUAUUCUCGGCACAAAAGUCGAACAGCUCGGAGGUAAUAACGGAGACACUCCCGCAGAUAAAAACAGCAACAAUGCAAGGAUUGGCGGAUUGACUCAGGCUUCAAGUAACCCGCAAGAUCUUGAUGGUGAUGCCAUGAUGCAAUCAGCGGAUGCGAAUGAAGGAGAAAUUAAUGAUGAAGACGGGCUCCAGGCUAACCGUAAAGGCGAACCAACUGGCCAUCGAUCCGAUGACGAUCAAGCUGACGCAAGAUCGCAACUAGAGUCAUCCUCAAAGGACAAGGUCAUGUCGGAUGAUGGAUUCCUUCACCCGCACCGAAUGACCACAAGAGCGCAGGUGAGCGCGAGCCAGAAUAUUAACUCCCACGACCGGAUAAAUGGCGAACAACUACCCUCGAAUGCGCUUACAAACGAAAACAAUGUUGCUCUGGAGGUUGAUCCUGUGUUUAAGUUGCCACGGAUAGCAGCACAUGAAGAGAGAAACUGCGGCUUGUCCCAGAGCGAGGCUGACGAAACGCGGCGUAUGCUGUGGGCAUAUAUACAAAAACAGGGAGAAAGUGUACGGUUGUUUACCGAAAUGCUUAAGAUGCUCCGGAAGUCUCAUCGCAUGAAAGAAGAGGUGUGGGAAUGGUGCAAGGCGGAAGCACAUAUUGGGGAGAUGAGUGAUGGGGAAGAUUGGUACGAUAAAGAGCGAUGGGGCCUGGCAGAGGGUGAGGAUCUAAGAAAAGGCGCGGAUGAAGAGGAGACUGAAGGGUUAGACGAGGGGAGGCCGACUGGCAAACGAGGCAGAGGUCGGAGAGCCUGA